UAAAAUAUUUCGUAACGUCAAAUAGAGUAGCGCUCUUUCAAAGAGUUGCGCGUUUGAUUGUAAAACGUGUAAUCUACAUACGUAUUGACGCGGUGCUACAUUACUACAUAUAUAUUUAUUAUUACACAUUAUACGUCUAUAUUCUCGGCGCAUCUUGAGAUUUGAGAUCAGUCUCGGAACUCGCUCGGAUUACGACGUGGCGAGCACCAUUUUGCUUUUACUCAACUCUUUUUAACCUGCCUGCCAUUUUGCGCGAUCUUUGAGCCUGUCAGUGACUGAGUAUUUGACAGCGGUGCCCGCGGUCAUAUGUGAAUUCAUCGUUGUCGCGAUUGAUCGCGAUCGACGUGUGACGUGUGGCUUGUUGGACGAAACUGCGGCCCCGGAUGCGCGUGGUCGAAAUACGAAAUAGAAUGUUAGUGUGAGCGAUUGUAUCUGUAUCAUUUUGGAACAGUCAAAGAUCGGAAGACAGCAGACAUUAUAUACAAGUGUUGUGAACAUCCUCAAGAACAACGAUGGAUAUAGAUACGCCGGAAUUCUUGUCAAAGGACGAUGAGAUUCAAUAUUGGAUGGACCUAGCUCAUCAAAUGCAUCAAAGAAAGUAUGAUGUUGAACGUGAACUGGAAGAAUUUCAAGAGAAUUCACAAAUGUUGGAGAAAGAAUUAGAAACCUCCUUGGAACAAGCAGAAAAAACGAAUAGGGAAUUGAGACAGAGAAAUGCAAGACUUGCUACAGAAGUCGAACAGUUGAGAAUGCGAUUAGAUCAGCAGUCUACAGAUUGCGCCAUGUUCCAAGGAAAAGCACAAGAUUUGCAGCAACAGCACGAGCAUCUUCUAAAGUAUAUCAGAGAACUUGAACAAAAAAAUGACGACUUGGAAAGAGCACACAGGAUAAAUAGGGUCACGGAAGAGGAAAUAGAAGCUAAGUUUAAUUUAGCUAUAGAAAAGAAUGCCUUACUUGAAUCAGAACUCGAUGAAAAAGAAAGCCUAAAAGUUAUAGUGCAAAGACUGAUGGACGAAGUUAGAGAUUUGAAGCAGGAGAUACAAGUACACGAAAGGCAUCAUACUGAUAAUAAUAAGACCGCUGAGAGAGUUCGUAAUAGCAUCGUCGACAGUAACAAGCUACAGGCCGAAUUGGAAUCAAAUUCACCCGCUAGCCAGAUAGUUUCACAAACCAUACCUUCGAAUAAUACAACGACUUCGCCGAUAAAACUUGGACAUGGGAUGGUAGGGGGUGUUAUUGGAAACAACAAUAAUAAUAAUAAUAAUAGCCAACCAUUGCCACCCUGUACCAGAAUACUGGCAAUGAAUAUGAUUGGUGAUCUCAUGCGAAAAGUCGGGGCGUUGGAAAACAAGCUGAACACAAGCAGAAACGCGCUUCGGGAAGAUCAAGUUCGUGAUCUCUACAGAGCUAGACGGCAAGUCAGAAGCCCAGCCUCAGGAAACAACAACCACAUUCGAUUGUAAGCGCAGGAUAAUGUCGCAGCGCAAUCAUAUAUCCGCACAUCAUCACAUUGUACAAUCCCGAGAUAUAAUGUUAGUAACGAAAAUUUAUUUAAUGGCUUUAAGUCUUAUUAUUAAGUUAUUCUGAAAAUUCAAUUAUUUGCAAAAUUAGAAAGCAUUCUAUCAUGCCAAGAAUAAAAAGUCAUUCAUAGUUUUCACGGGCAUAAAAUAAAAUUUUUCUUAUGAUAACUUGUUUGUUAAAAAACAUUGUGUAGAAUAAUCAUAAAUUGGCAAAGUUGAUGAAUUACUAUACUCUUUUCCAAUUAUAUAUAUAUAUCAAAUGACAUUAAUUUGCUGUAAUUAUUACAAGCGAUAUUUUUCAGUGAUGCCGAUAAAUGCUGCUAACGGAAUAUCACAGUAUUUCUACUUUUUAUACCGUUCGCAAUGUAACUCUUCAAGUAUUUUCGUUUGCGUUUUUGUUACGAUAAAUAAAUGAUUUAUUUUCUUAUAAAAACUUACAUGUGUAAGUAUGUCGCUAUGAUAACAAAAUAUAUCGGUAUCCCCCGAUGUGAUUUGAAUCGACUUCUCUAUCAUGUUAACUCUUUCAAGCCUAUUAUGCUACAUUAAUAUAAUAUAUAUACAUAUAUUAAUAUGAUUGCCACAUGUGCAAUAUAUAACUAUAUAGUAUGUAGUAAAUGAUAACUAAUUUUCAUGUAAAUAACAAAAAAUAAUACAAGAUAUAUAUAUAUUGUUAUUUAUUAUUUAUAUAUUUAUAUAAAAAGAUGUUCUUUUUUCUUUAUUUUUCUCUACAUUAUAAUUGCCUUCAGACAAUUUGUGGUUUUAUGCUUCGAAAUUAUGAAAAAAUGAAAAUUUGUGAAUUGUGAACAUGCAAAUAAAGAGCUUGGGCCAAUAACAAUGUUAAACCAGAUAAAAAUCUUAGUCUUUCCGCAAUUUUAUGAAAUUUGAAUAGCCUCGGCAAAAAGUUAAAUCUUACAUUUUUUUUAGAUAUCACCUUAAAAAACAAACGUAAAUGUUGCAAAAUAAAAUAAUGGCAUUUACGUGAUUUAUAGCUCUACGUUUUAACUUUUUAUGAUACAUUCUUUUAUUUAUUCAUCAAAUUGGUAAUAUGUAAUUUAACAUAUUAUUGCCUCGAGCACUUUGGGUAUAUUAAACAUAAAUAAUAGUAAAAUGGAGUAAUAUUAUUAUAUUUAUUAUAAAAGAAAUAUAUACUUGUGACGCUUGCAGGAAAUUACAUAAUUAAUAAAUAAUUUAUGAAAUGUUUUUUAACAUAUAGGUAUAAUUCGUAACUGCAAUAGUGUAUCAUUGUCCAUAAAUAAUUAUUAGUACAUGUACUUUGUAAAAAUGUAUACUUUUUAGCGCUUUAAACAUAUUUAUGCAUACAUACACACAUGUAAAAUUCUUCUAUUUUUUUAUCAUGUCAUAUAAAAAUAUGAUUUUCUAAUUGGAAAAAUAAUUAUUUUUUAUGGCUAUUGGAUGAAUUCCAAUAAAUAUAUACAUUAUAAUGAAUAUUAGUCAAAAAAUAGCAUGUUUGCGUCGAUCUAAAAUUCAGUGCUUUAAAGCACUAAGUUGCGAAAGAGACGUAUUCUCUGAUAAGAUACAAAAUUGUUAUCGUAAAUGAAAAAUCAUGUUAUACUAUUAUGAAAAUCUGAGAAUUUUAUUCAAAUAAACUCAUAUUAAUUUAACGAUGCAUGUCGUAUAUAUGUUUUUGUAUAAAAUCAUAAAUCAAGUUUCACAGGGGCAGUUCGAGCGAGUUCAGAUAAAAAUAUAACAGUGUAAGGUAAGGUAAUAUAAAAGCGAGUCGUGUGAAUUUAGAAGAUUUAUUUAUACGAAAUGCGUUUAUCUUUACACAAAUUUUUACACAAUGCUUAGGUGAUUAAAAUGAUGUAUGUAACUCGAGUACAGAGAUCUAAUAUGUUAAGCGCUACAUCUCAACUUUACUGUGAGAGUAUCUUAUUCUAGUGCACACUUUUUGCAAAUACUAAUAAUGAUAAUGACAUUAUUAUGUAUAUUAGUAAUAGUGAUAAGAAGAUAAAUAGUGAACAGAAACGCAAUUUCCAAAUGUCGUAUAAUCGAAAUUACUUUGUGUGUACCUUAUAUUAAUUUUUAGCACAACUAUUGCAAAUUAAUUUCAUAAAUAUAUAACUAAAUUGAAGAGCUAUCAAAAACGUAGUUUCGUGGAAAGAAAAAAAAA